AUGGCGGCGAUGUUUAGCAGCGCAGAGCGGCUCUGGAACGAUUCAGACCAUCUCGGAUGGGACGAAAGGAAUGAGAGCUCAGAGGCAUCAGGGCAGGAUGAGCGUAACUACUAUGCCAUGCUGUACUCCCUGCUCAUCCUGGGCAUCGUGUUUGGAAACGUGCUGGUGUGUCUGGCUGUGCUGAGGGAGCGCGCCCUCCAGACGACCACCAACUACUUGGUGGUCAGCCUGGCUGUGGCUGACCUCCUGGUGGCCUCCUUGGUCAUGCCCUGGGCUGUAUACCUGGAGGUGGUCGGCGGUGCCUGGCUUUUCAACCGGCUCUACUGUAAUGUCUUUGUCACGCUAGAUGUGAUGAUGUGCACCGCCAGUAUCCUCAACCUGUGUGCUAUCAGCAUUGACAGGUACACAGCAGUGGUGAUGCCUGUCUUGUACAACACAACCCAUCGCUCCAGAAAGAGAGUUUUCAUGAUGAUUGCCACUGUGUGGGUCCUGGCCUUCGCUGUCUCCUGUCCUUUGCUGUUUGGUUUCAACACCACAGAUGACCCCUUGGUGUGCUCCAUCUCCAACCCCGACUUUGUGAUUUACUCUUCGGUGGUGUCCUUCUACCUGCCGUUCAUUGUCACUCUGCUGGUCUACAUCCGCAUCUACAUCUUCCUCAGAAUGAGGCGGAAGAGGAUCGCCUUCAGCCAGGCCAGCAGAAAGGUGCAGCCAGGCUCAACUCCGCCAUCCGUGGAGACCUGUCUACAAGAGGAGACUCCCAAGGCGAAGCAAGACCUGUCACCUAUAAGGAUUAAAGUGGUACGUCAGAGUGAAGAGGCUUCAGGUCCCUCCAAGCCCAGCUUGCUUUCAGGAUGCCUGUGGCGCAAACGGCCAAAGACGGGACCUGUAGAUAACUCUGUGCUGCCCCCGGUGGACACGCAGAACUGCUGCAGCAUCAGCCAUGCAUCCUGCGGCCGCACUGAGCUGGACCUGGAGCCGGAGCAAGAGGAGGAGGUGGAGGCGGGGGAGGAGGAGAACAACCAGAACGAACAUCCUCCUGUUAGGAUGACCUGCGAGGUGAAGGAUCUGUCCAAUGGACGAACACACACGUCACUGCGGCCGGUGCCCCAUUCUCAUUUCAACAAUCCUCGAUUCAGGAGCAUGCACGCACGGGAGAAAAAGGCCACUCAGAUGCUGGCCAUUGUGCUUGGGGUGUUUCUCAUCUGCUGGCUGCCUUUCUUUGUGACUCACAUACUGAACACCCACUGCAGGACAUGCUACGUGCCUCCUGAGCUUUACAGUGCGUUCACCUGGCUGGGGUAUGUCAACAGUGCCCUCAACCCCAUUAUCUACACCACCUUCAACAUUGAGUUCAGGCGGGCCUUCAUCAAGAUCCUUAGCUGUUGAGGGACACAAGGUUGCCCAGAAAUUGAAAUGCAAAUGAGACUGUGAAACUCAUGGUGAAUUUGGUAAAUGUGGAGCGCAGAUGUACACUGUUCAUGGUCAAGUGAAGCAAACCUGCUUUGUGUCCUACAGGAGUUACACAGCAAGGUGAAGCAAUGAAUGCAAACAAAAACGGAUUUGUACUUCAGAACAGAUUCAAGCUUUUUCUCAACAGGGCUGGGACUUGAGCAGCAUUACUCUUCAAAUAAGACUUACUUGCAUAUACAGUCUUAUUAAUAGUACAAGGUGUUGGACUUUCUUGUGGAUAUGUCUUGUACAGUAUGUGUAUUGCUCAUUGACACACUUUCCAAUCGGUGUAUGUUUGGAACCUCUUUCGAGGUUUAAGGCUGAUAAAUUGAUCGUAAAGCUACGGACCACUUUGUCCUGAGGCCCACUCACACCUCACUGUGUGGAUUAAGCCCCCAUCCACACUACUGCAUUUUCGUUUUAAAACGGAGACUUUUUGCUA